AUGUCUUCCGCCAUCGUCUCUCAAGCAGGCCAAAUCCUGCGUGAAAUGUUCAAGAUUCCAAGUCGUGCCCGCGAACAGGUGGGAACAACAUGGCGAAGUCUCAGGCAGACCGAGAAACCGAAGAAAGAACUCCUCCAGACCUCGCUUAUGAUUCAUCGUCCUAUCUGGAUUACGGGUGUUGCUGGCACUUAUACAACGGUUUAUGCCUGUUAUCUAACAAUGAAAUACAUGCGAAAGCUCAAGCACUAG